AUGGGAGGCGAGUGGGCUCUCAGCAGAGGCCAGCUUAGCCCGCGGGAGCUGCCUCUGAGCAGGGGGCGGGAGGGCAGUGCCGCCCUGUGGCUGCCCGGCUUCGCGGAUCGCGGCUCUCCGCACACGGGUCGCUGGGUCCUGUGCCUCUUCCCGCCUCUGCCCACCUGCCUGGCCCUGCGCAGCUUGCGGCCCGGGGAAGGUCCCCGCGCACUCAGCCAGCGGCCUCUGCUGUGUCUGCUGCUCCUACUGGGUCUGCUGCUGCGGCCGGUAACCCGUGCGACCACGCCGGGCACCUCCAGCACCCCAAGUCCGCGGGAGCGCACGCGGGCCCUGAUGCGGGACUUCCCGCUUGUGGACGGCCACAACGACAUGCCCCUGGUCCUGAGGCAGUUUUAUCACAACGGGCUACAGGAUGUUAAUCUGCGCAAUUUCAGCCAUGGCCAGAGGUUGGACAGGCUGAAAGAUGGUCACGUGGGUGCCCAGUUCUGGUCAGCCUACGUCCCAUGCCAGACCCACGAACGGGAUGCUGUGCGCCUCACCCUGGAGCAAAUUCACCUCAUCCGCCUCAUGUGUGCCUCCUAUUCUGAGCUGGAGCUUGUGACCUCAGUUAAAGCUCUCAACAAUAGCCGGAAGUGGGCUUGCCUCAUUGGUGUGGAGGACGGCCACUCACUGGACAGUAGCCUCUCCAUCUUGCGUACCUUCUGUGCGCUGGGUGUGCACUACGUGACACUCACCCACACCUGCAACACGCCCUGGGCACAGAGCUCAGCAAAGGGUAUCCGCCCCUUCUACAGCAAUGUCAGUCGGCUGACCGGCUUUGGCGAGAAGGUGGUGGCAGAAAUGAACCGCCUGGGCAUGAUGGUGAACUUGUCCCAUGUCUCAGAUGCUGUGGCACGGCGAGCCCUAGAAGUGUCACAGGCACCUGUCAUCUUCUCCCACUCAGGGCGGGGUAUGUGCAAGAAUACUCGGAAUGUUCCUGAUGAUAUCCUGCAGCUUCUGAAGAAGAACGGUGGCAUCGUGAUGGUGUCCUUGUCCGUGCGGGUGCUGCAGUGCAACCCGUUAGCCAACGUGUCUACUGUGGCAGGUGAGCCUCACCCUGGGCUCUCUGAAAACUCUGAUUUGGAGCUGAAGCUGGGUCCAAAUUUGGGGAGGACUUCAGAAGAGCCCCAGGGGUUUGACCCACCUGUUGGCAAUAGGUGCAGCUCCCAAAACCCCAAUAAUGGACGGUACACAGCACCUUGGUGCCAAGUGGGACUGGAGCCACGGAAUCAAAACUGCGAUACCGAUGGGUAUCAGGGAGGCUGUCAGACACUGCUUUAUGUCAGAAACAGAAAGAAAAUAUCCACUAUCAGAGCUGUUGUUUGA